AGUUAGGUUAGUGACUGUUGGUAGCCAAAAUAUCGUGCGCACGCGCUCAAAUCUAUCCCCUCCAAACCCACCCCCAGCGACCAGUUAAAAGAUCUUGAGGCGGUAACAACAGGGGAUAUGGUUGCAGCGCGUAUACCGAAUACUAUCAAAGCCCGUGUGUGGUGACUCUGUUUGUGACGUGGCUGUCUAUCUGUGUGUGGUAAUGUAGCACUAUUAGCAUUUUAAGAUGCUAUUGACAGUUUAGACCGAGAAACAUCAACGUUUCACCAGUGGUGACUUUUUGCUAUAAACGUGGACAUUCGGUCUGUUGUGCACGAGCGCCUCGAACACAAUGUUGCCUGGGCCAACCAAAAGUUUCUUUGCUCCGCUAACUCUCAUGAUUUUCGCCACGCUUCCACUAGCGGAAGGUGAAAUUCGAUGUUACUGCAAUCUUCCAUCUUGUGUUAACACAGGCUACAUGUGUAAAUCAUCGCAUAAUUUGUGUUUCUCCGACGUCGAGAACAGUGGCUACAGCAACGACCUCUCUCGGUCCCGCCACGGUUGUCUAGAACUAUUAAAUGAUCAGAAAAAGGCAUUGUGCCAAGUGAAGGCUCGUUCUCUGAAACUUUCUCCUGGGGCAUCAUUUAAAGUGUUUUGUUGUGAGAAAGACAUGUGUAAUUACGGCAGCAGUAUGGGUAUUAAUAUUCAAGUUCAUACUAGGCCUAACCACAGUUUAACUGAAGGAAUAUAUGAUUACGAUGAAGAAUUUUUACUUAAGACGAACAACAUUCGAGAAGGAUCGCUGGAGGGUGGACUCUGGUUUCGGGCUGCAGUGAUAGCUGUGCCUAUAGCAGGGAGUUUCAUUCUGAUCAUGUUAAUACUGCUGGCAGUUCGUAUGCUCAGGAAGGACUCUAAACGACAACAACGUCUAUUAGAACUUCGACAGCAGAGACAAUUUAAAACCCGUCUUUUAUUAGGGAAUUUUGGAUGUCGAGAAAACCGUAAAAAGUGCAAUGAGCAUAACACAGGAGGAGGCAGUGGAAGAGGAUUGUAUAAAAAUGUAAAUAUAGUGUUCUCACGUGAUAGUUGGAUUACUGACAUCAGCGACAAAACAAACAAUAUUUACGGCCCAGUGUCAUGGCCUAGUUGGAAACCUUUUAAGCCUAGCCCUAUAACUUUGGUAUAAUAUACAUUUCUUGCAACUAACGUGGUUAACGUGUUUGUAAAUCGCCGCCAUUAGCUCGUCCGCCCAUCACUAAGUAGUGGCUCGUAUGAUAAACGAAUGAUAAUGACAUUUUUUAAAAAGAUAUUUAUACGCACAAUUCCCUUUGAAGAUUGUGAUCAACAAAUUUCACAAGAACAAAUAACCGAAACUAAUGAGUUUUCCAUUAGAAUUAGUUGUCAUUUAGUAUUUUUUGUACACUUUCCAAAAGCCAAAAACAUAUUUUCCUAAAAUACAUAUUUAUUGAGGUUCUACUAUUUCCCGAAUAGAUACUCGUUGUUACGUGGUAAAAAAAAUCAAGUCUGAAACCCAUUUUAAAAUGCGUAAGUAUUCAUUAAACACACACACACACACACAGUUUUAUUACAACUAAGCCUUCGUACCUAUUUUUAUAAAUUUUGAUUUUGCUAACAAUGAACGCAUGGUUGCCGAUAUUGUGAAUGUGGUGAUUUGGAGUCGACCCGUAUACUAAAUAUUAAUCCCCAGAAAAGUUCAGAAGUUUCAUAUGGCUGUAAUAUUUUACAGUAUUUUACUGUUAUAGACAUUAUUACACAUCAUACUGCUGAUAAGCCUUCAACGGGCUACAUCUGCCUGGAAUCUUCUUGGUCGACGUUUAGGCCACUAUUUUGCGGUCGUUUUUUUUCAGAUUUGAUGUUACACCAGUAUAUAUGUAUACCAAAAUGUUGUUCACAUUGUAUAUUCGAGUUUAUGGUCUUCGAUAUCUAUCAUCAUCAUUCACCCCUCUAGGUGAAAUAGGCGAGGAGGUUCAUUUGACCAAUGUUUAAAUUAGAUUGAUAUAGAAAAAAAAUUCGAUUAAAUAUUUAAGUAACAAUUAUUGAAGUUUCUAAACAUCGAUAAUACUUAUAAUUCUGCACGUGUCAAUUAUAAUGUGCUUUUUAAAAAGUUCGUUAUUUUACGAUAAAUGCGAAUUUUCUCUCCAAGAUGUCGCUCACAUAAAAACUUUGAAGGAUAUUGAAUUUUUUGAUUAUUUAAGGAACAAUUUCGUUUUAUACAUUUCCGCUUAAAAGUUGUGACAAAAUUUGCUGAUGAAAAUAUUUCUACGCAUAUGUGACCUUUUGAAUAAGAUCCCUGAAUGCGAGUUUUUUUUUCUAGUACGUGCAGGCGGGUGUUUUUUAUAUUAAUUUUCCAGCUUAAGCAUUUAAUUUUUAAACAGUGUAACUCAUUGUAGUUCACACUCAUGCUUAGUUACCAAACAUAUACUAAUUUUAAAAUAUUAGCUUUCAUAAUAUAUACAUGUAAAUAGUAUUAAAAAAAUCAAGAAAAUAUAUUUCUCACGCGUAGAUUGUAAUACGUUAAGCAUUUUCAGUUUGUGAUGAUCCAGAAGAAUAAAUACAGGCUGUAUUUAUUUAUGCAGAAAAAACAACAACAAUCAUUUCUGGGAUGAGGUGGUAUAACAAAUACGAUGUUACAUUGAAAUGAUUAAUAAAAGGUUAUUUUUCUAGCACAGCCUAAACUUCAAUGUGCUUUUGUAUAUAACUGUACAAUAUUUGUACCAAUUGUGGAAAACAGUUAGAAUGGGCUCUGUACGAUGUUAUUUAUUAAAAAAUAAAUUCCAUUUCUAAAAUA